CAGCAGUAUCGGCAUCGUACAAUGCUGCGGCCUGUCGCAAGGAGACCAGAAGAACGAGAUGUUCGAUGUGGAAGUAAGCAUGCUGGUAUGUUGUGCACAGCCAGUAGAUCAGAUUGCCGGAUCACCCAACGGCCAAAGCCGCCUCCACCUCCACACCUCCACCGGCCCCGACCAUGCCGAUGACGAUCAUACCUCGUAUGCACUCUGCAGUCGUCCUCUCCAUCACCUAUCCCAUCAUGAGUACCCUGCACCGCGUGAUACUCGUCACAGGCGCGUCGGCAGGCAUCGGGCGGGCGUGCGCGAUCGGCCUCUCGAAGGCAUUCCCCAGCGCGACGCAUCCAGAACCGCUGGUGCUCGCUCUCGUCGGCCGCCGCGAAGAUGAGCUCCAAGCGACGGCCGCGUUGUGCCGCGAAGGAACCGUAACGGAAGUUCUGCGGGGCGAUGUGAGCUCGGACGAGGAUGUCGGACGUAUCUUCUCCACGAUAAAGGACAAGUAUGGACGGCUGGACGUGCUCUUCAACAAUGCCGGGGUCAACCUCACCAAGGGGAGCGCCCUCGAGGACAACGACAUGGACAAGUUCCGCACGACGCUGGAUAUCAACGUCAUGGGUGCUGUCCUUUGCACUGCCGAAGCGAUUAAGAUCAUGAAAGCCCAAAACCCGCCUGGCGGGCGCAUUAUCAACAACGGCUCGAUAUCGGCCUGGUCACCGCGCCCGGACAGCACGGCGUAUACUGUGUCUAAGCACGCAAUUCUCGGCCUCACGAGGAGCACAUCACUUGACGGGCGCAAGUACGGCAUCACCGCGACUCAGCUCGAUAUUGGGAACGCCCUCACGAAUCUGAGCAGCAAGAGCGCGAAGGGCGUGCCGCAAGCAGAUGGAAGAAUCGCGGCUGAGCCCAUGAUGCCCGUCGAGCGUGUUGCCGAGACGGUUGCGUUCAUCGCCGGGAUGCCGCCUGAUGCGGAUGUACUGCAGUUGACCGUCAUGGCACCAUCGAUGCCUUUUGUGGGCCGAGGAUGAGGUGAUAAUCAUAGGAACGGAGCAGCGUGCAUGGGACCCUCAGAAUGGCGCUACAGGUAAAGGCAGAUGAGGCGCAAACGCUUAACGCGCAUUCAGAGAGCUGAAAGCAGCUCAUCGUUCGCAUUUUUGCCUGACAUGAACGGUCUAGAGGCCGGAAGGAAGGAUGCAAAAGUCCGCCGCAUUCUCAUGACGCGGC